CGAUUAGCAGUCGCUGCUUUCCUUAUAUAUUGUGUCGCUUGCGUCCCGAAACCAGAACCCAAAACACAAACAGACAUCAAGAACAAGCCUCAACUCAUGGAGAUCGACAGUUUCUCUUCCUCCUUCCAUGAAAAAUACGCGAACAAGCUGCAGGAUACAUGGGCGGCGGUGGAAUCAGCUUUAGAAGACUAUGGCAUUGCAUGCGACUUGAAUCUGGCUGAGCGUUGUGUGACGGUCUCAAAAACCGCAAGGUGUAAGGGCCGGAAUUAUUUCAUCAAGGCUAUGCGUCUCGUUGAAGUUUUGACAACGACUCAUGUUCCGCCGCAUAUGGCAAUAGAAACACUAAACGGUGAUCGGAUAAUGAUUCUCAUCAAAAUUGGGAAUCAAGAAGGUGGGCUUUGCUCAGAAUAUCGGAUAUCAAAGGAGACAUUUAUCAAGCGAUGGGAAUAUCUCGCCUGCUCCCUAGAGGCAAUUGCGGCACGGACAAACUGCAAUCUUUUUCUUAAUGAAAACAAUCUUGCUGCAACUGGAACAUUUCCAGUGAUGGUCAGGACAGCUGUCGUUGACUUCAUUAUUAACGGCAAACAUCCAGAAACUAGUAUUAAGGAGUUGCUAGGAGAACCCUUCCACAUCCGUGCAAAGAAAUAUGGGGGGAUUGAGCUUCAACAACCAAAUAUCGAUGCAAUUGGAAUGGAGAAGUGUGGCCCUUUCUUGGAUUUAUUUGGCAUGCCUGAAGUAACCUCCUACUCUUCAGCCAUCAUAGUAGGCCGAGAAAAAGAGGUGGAAGAAGCUUGGCCGUUUGUGCAUUGGUUUUUAGAAGGCUAUGGCAUUUCUUCCACAUUGAAUACGGUUGAUCGUUGUUUGACAAUAUCAACUACCAAAAGGACUAUGCAUCCAGAUCUCGUUGACCAGGCUGCACCGAUUCUUGAACUUUUGGCUAGAACUAGUAUUCCAGCAACUAAGGCAGCAGAAAUACUGAAUGGACGCCUGCAAUAUGAAAUCAUAAGGACUGGGUUUCAUGAUCGUGGACUUUGUGCCAAAUUUGAGAUUGAGAAGGAGCUUGAUAAAAACAGGGACCGGUUGAAGUGCAACUCACAGGCAGUUGCGCGGCUUUUGAAGUGUGACAUUUACAUAAAUGGUAUUAGCGUGGUUGCAGUAGGGACUUCAGUUUCCGGACUUCAGCUGUUCAGGUCAAUUGUGGAAUGCUGCUUUGUGAAAAACGAAGAUCCUGUAGCUGUUGCCAGGAGGCUGAAGCUGGAUCGUAAACUGUACCGAUUGAUGAAGAGAAUUCAAGCUUUGCGCUUGUGAUUGUAAUGGGCUUGUAGCUGGUCUUAUACCCCAUGCCAGUCUAGUCAAACUGUAUGGAAAUAAUCAGAAAAAAAAGAAGUUAUAAUAUUAUAUUCUAGAUCGUCUACGAAAUUUGAAGAAGAUUGUAGCAACGUUGCGAUCGAUAUGAAGAUUGUAGAAAGG